AUGUCUAACUUGGAGCUGUUCCACACCAAACACUUCCUCUCCUACCUCACUCUCUUCUUCCCAAGCUCUAACUCACAAACCCAAAUGCCUAAAUCAGAUGAAUUCCACACCUUUCACCUCACUCUCUACACAUUCAUCUCCCUCUUGUUGUUCCAUGUUUCCACAGCACAAGCACAAUCCUCCAUGGAGCCUGUGCCCACAUACAUCACCCACCACAGCUGGGAGCCCUCGGUGGCCAUCACAGUUGGAGCCAUCAUCUUUGCUCUUCUUGUGAUGGGCAUCAUCUCCAUCUACCUCCGUAGGUGUGCUGAGUCACGCAUCAUCAUCACCACGCAGACCACCACCCCAGUCCCCUGCUCCUGCGCACAGGGGAUCAACAGAGAACUCCUGAAUACCUUCCCCACCCUCUUCUACUCCAACAUCAAGGACCUCAAAAAGGGUGAAGAAACGCUCGAAUGUGCUGUGUGCUUGACGGAUUUCUCAGAGAAAGACGCCCUCAGACUCCUCCCCAAAUGCAACCACGUGUUUCACCCUCACUGCAUUGAUUCCUGGCUCGCUUCCCACGUGACAUGCCCCGUUUGCCGCGCGAAUCUAAGCCAGGAUUCGUGCCAGGUUGCCAUAACAGUCCCUACCCUUCAUGAUGAGGAAGUUUCCCGAAGUGAAGAAACCAUGGCAGAACCAAAUCAAAACACAAACAUGAACCAUGCCAUGAAUCAGGUUUGUGUUGGAACUCCUACAUUGACCAAUGAUACAGCCAAAACAGUGUAUAUAAGUGAAGAACAGUCUUCAUCUCCUGAUCUUCCUUCUGAGUUAGACACAAACUCAAAUUCUGUCACUAGUGAUUUGGUGGUUGUUGCUGCUGAGAGGAACCUUUCAAGGUCAAACUCUACAGGGCAUUCUCUUGUGGGUGUGGAGAGGUACACCUUGAGGUUACCCGAAGACGUGAGGAGGUACAUUCUGGUGAACCAUGGAAGGAGUGUUCAACGUUCUGCCAGUGUUAAGGGUACGUGUUGGAGUGAUAGCGAGGAGAGUUAUGCGGAAAAGAGGGUGGAGAAGAGGUGGGUGAUUUGUACGCCACCGUUUGUGGCGCGCCAUACCUGA